AUGAAAUUUGGUAUCAGAACAGGCUCUGGUGGUGCUAAUAAUAUGCCAUUAGGACAGUUGGCCUUUGUUGGACUAGAGGAGGUUGUGAUCUUAAAGAGAAGCCAUGAAUGCUACCUUGGCUGUCUUCUAAAGUUGGUCUUGGGUUGCGAUGGUUCAGUGUUGUUGGAUACAGUUAAUAAUGGCUCCAAGGCUGAAAAAGACGCGAUUCCGAAUCGAUCUUUGAAGGGAUUCGAUGUGAUCGAUGAUAUCAAGAAUGCUAUUGAAAAGGUUUGCCCUAAUGUUGUUUCUUGUGCUGAUAUCCUUGCAUUGGCAGCUCGUGAUGCUGUUUCUGCACCGUUUAAGAGACGGUUAUGGAACGUAGCCCUUGGAAGAAGAGAUGGGAGAAUUUCACUUGCAAGUGAGACCAAUGGAAACAUCCCUUCACCCUUUGCAGAUUUCACCUCUUUGCUUCAAACUUUUAACAACAAAACCCUUGAUGUUAAUGAUCUUGUUGUUCUUUCAGGCGCUCACACCAUUGGAGUUGCUCACUGUGGAACAUUCUCAAGAAGACUCUACAAUUUCACCGGCAAAGGUGACGCCGAUCCAACCUUAGAUCCGACAUGCGCCGACUUCUUGAGGAAACAAUGCCCGAACCCGGCAAAUCCGAAGACGAUAGUGGAAAUGGAUCCUGGGAGUUCACGAUCAUUCGACAAACAUUACUAUCACAUCUUACGCCAAAACAAAGGAUUGUUCAUAUCGGAUGCGGCGCUUCUCACAAACAAGGAAUCGGAAUCGAUUGUGAUUCGGUUACAAAGAUCAAGAGGCUUGUUUUUCGCUGCAUUUGCGAGGUCCAUGAGGAAAAUGGCCGCCAUUGAUGUUCUUACUGGAAAGGACGGAGAAAUCAGGCGAAAUUGUCGUGUUGUUAAUCCCUGAAGCAUUUCCAAGAUUUAGGGUUUGGGAUUCGCAGGAACACAUACAUGAAAAAGAAUUUGAAGAAAU